GCCCAUCUUUCUAACCCCGGCUACGACGACCGACCGGGGCCGGUCGAGCAGUCCGACUUCGCAUCCAUCCCCAUUCCUAACGUGCAUAUCUCGCGUUACGCGUAGCAUCCCUAGUGUCUUUACAGACCGCUAGCUUCGCGAUUGAGGCAACUCUCUGAGCUGUUCUCCCUCACGAGUGCACUUCAGACGCGCUGCAGCCUCGGUGCGAAUCCUCAGAGUGCCACGAUGCAUAACUGAUCACAGCAAAGAGACGACGCUGAGUAAAGAUGCGCACCAUCAUCAUAUGCGCACUGCUGCGCCUGACGAGCCAGCUCGCACCGCAGUCCCUCUGGCGCACGACCCAACAGAUCAACGCGCACACAACAAAACACUACGGCCCCAUCCUCGUCGCGUGCACCGCGCGCGAGUUCCUCCGCGGCUGCAGCGGCAUCGAGGCAUUCUCCAUCGAAGACAACAGAUGCGACUGCAUUCUCGAGGGCCUGAACGCGUCCCUGGUCGAUCACGGCGACGGCACGGCGCUGCUGCGCGCGGCGCUCGACGGCUCCGCGACGCUCGCCUUGCGCACCGGUCAAAACACGCGGCCGCCGCGUGCGCGGUUUGUCGACGGCGGGGCGGUAUUUGAAGGAAAAGGCGACGACGUGUGCGAGCUGGCGAUCGCGCUCGGCGGUGACGCGUUCGACGGCGCGACCGGCACUAUCAAAGGGUGCACUCUCGUGAGACGCGGCGCCGACGCCGUGCUCACGGGCGACGCCGCGCACGUCGUGGCGCCGUUACCGUCGUACGCAACGCUGCCGACGGCCGGCGCCGCCUGGGCCGCGAGCGUGAUCGACGAGCUCGUGCGGCAGGGCGUGGACCGCUUCGUCAUCGCGCCGGGCGCGCGGUCGGCGCCGCUGGCCCUCGCGUGCGCGCGGGACCCCCAUGUGCGCCGCAACUUGAGGGUAGUACACGACGAGCGCGCAGCGGCCUUCUACGCGCUGGGCCACGCGCGCGCGCGAAGUGGAAGCUGCGCCUGCGUCGUGACGACGUCGGGCACGGCCGUCGCCAACUUGUUGCCGGCCGCCUGCGAGGCCGACCGCGACUCUAUUCCGAUCGUCUUCGCGACGGCCGACCGGCCCGCGGAGAUGCGCGGCGUCGGUGCGGACCAGGUCCUCGAGAGGCAGCAGGACCUCCUGCGAUCGACGGUGCGCCGGGCAGCGGACCUGCCGCCGGCCGACGACCGCGUCGCGGCGCUGGGCGACCUCGGUGAGGUGUCGUCAAUAGCUGCGGCGGCGCUGCGCGAGGAGGACCCGGUGCGUACUCGGAGCGGAAAACGAACUUCAGUGGUCGCGUCGAUGGCGUCGCGGCGCGCGCGCGAGAGAGAGAGAGAGCGCAAAAUAGGCGCAAGCACACGACACCAAAACAACACAGGGCCCAACGCACAUGAACCUGGCCUUCCGCGAGAACCUCGCGCCGCGCCGCGGCUCUAGAAGAGGCGUCGGCGGCGCGCGCAACGACCCCGGCUUAUCAGUGAACGCGGACUGGGACAACUCCGCCUUACAGGGCGCGCGCUACGCGACCUGGGCGUCACAUGAUGACCCCUGGACGUCUACUACUUCUGUCAACACCAUAGACGCGUCUCAAAUCAUGGACGCCCUGCGACCAUCAAAAAGGGGCGUCGUCGUCGUCGGGCGCCUCGCGCCGAAGGAUGUGGAGGACGUCUCAAAUUUCUUGGAGGAGCUGCACUGGCCUGUUAUACAUGCUGACGUCCGCUCUGGUAUCAGAGAUGUCGACGUCGUCGUGCGACGCCCGAACGCCGUUUUAGAAGCUUUACGGGAGUUGAAACCGGACUGCGUCUUGCAGCUGGGUGCCGCGCCGGCCUUUGCGCCGGCGACGCGCGCGUGGCUGGACGCCGCGUUUUGCGCCCCAAAUGUGCGGAAGGUCGUGGUCGCGCCGGGCCGUUCAAGAAUCGACGACGACUUCGCCACGUCUGUUAGGGUCGAGGCGCCUCCCUAUAUGAUUGCGCGGGCGUUGUAUGGUCAGAUAUUUCCUCCGUCGAAAUUACUCAAGCCGCUACUCAGAGCUGGCAUGGCCGCCGACGAAGCUUUAGAUAUAGACGGCUUCUCGGAACCAUUUAUAGCGCGCGCCGUGACCGAGGCGGCGUCACGUCAUCAAGCGGGCCUCUUCGUGUCGAACAGCAUGCCGAUCCGGGACUGCGAUAGGUUUGGCGUACCUAUAAGAGCGGAGGCGAAUCGAGGAUUAGCGGGCAUCGACGGGGUCGUGGCGACGGCCCUGGGCUACGCGGAGAACCACGACGCCGACACGACAUACUUGCUGAUUGGCGACCAGGCCAUGCUCCACGACGCCGGCUCGUUACGAGCCGUCGCGGACGCCCAUCAAAGAAGGCUGCGCAUUGUGGUUGUGGACAACGGCGGAGGCGGCAUCUUCAGCUUCCUUCCUUUAGCGUCGAACCCGGAGGGUAUCGCGGCGGACGAAAUCGUCUCUGAGGAGGUCUUCGAGACUUUAUUUGGAGCGACGCAUGCUGUGGAUUUCGUGCGGCUGGUCGAGGCGCACGGGUUGACUGCUUCCAGAGCUUCGUCUGCGAGUGAAUUUGAACGAUUGCUCGACGAUGCUUCCCUGGAUGUCGUCGUCGCGACCCCGGAGGUUCAACGAAAGGACAACGUCGCGAUUCAUAGAGCGCUCGAGGCGCCGGCGGUCGAGGCGGCGAGACGGUCCAUGUCCCACAACCUAGCCUACGAGCGCUUUCAUGGUAAUGGACCGCCCGUCGUCCUGCUGCACGGCCUCUUCGGGAGUAGGGAAGAUCUGCGAGGACUCCAAGCGGAGCUCGCGGGCCGCGACGUUGUCAUGGUGGACCUCGCGGGCCACGGCGCGUCGGCGACCGAAGCCGGUUAUAGUUAUGACGACCAGGUCGACGGGCUGCUGGCGUUGGUCGAAAAGUUGUACGACGGACCCGUGGACAUGGUGGGCUACUCGUUGGGCGCGCGGCUGGCCCUCGGCUGCAAGUUGCGGAGACCAUCAUCAAUAGGGAGAGUCGUGGCCGUGUCGGCGAGAUUGGUCGGCCUCGAGGGCGACGCGCGGGACGCGCGGCGACGAGCUGAUAAAGCGCUGGCGGCGCGCGUCCGCGCGCUGAAAUGCGAUGCAGACUGGGCCUCGUUCUUCGACGACGUCUGGUACGCCGAGGGCGCCAAGGGCGGCCUCUGGGGAGAGCUUAGAAAUUCAGGGGCGUACGACGCGGUGCGACGACGGCGCCUCGCGCGGCUCCCCGAGAACGCGGCGGCGUCGCUCGAGCGCGCGGGGCUGGGGGACCAGCCGGACCUACGAGACGUAGCAUCGCACGACGACGUGCUCCUGGUCCACGGCGCCCACGACGAGCGGUGCGCCGGCGACGCGGCCGCCUUGGACGCGACCGUGCUCCCGGGCGGCCACGCGUUGCUGGACGAGGCGCCUGAUGAAAUAGCGGCCGCCGUGCACGGCUUUUUGAGUUAUCAUCAUGCUGAUGAGGAAGACGUCGUGAUCACGGCGGCUGUCGUCGAGGACUUUUCGGUCGCGACGCGGAAGCCGCGCGAAAACGCCUGGGCCGGCACUUCGUCGGAAACGGACGCCGGCGCCGUCGAGGGUGCCUGGAUCGCGCUGGCGAGCGCCUCUCAGUAUUCAAUCGGCGAGGCGGCGCCGUGCCGCGGCGUCCACUCCGAGUCCGCUGCCGACGCGCGCGCGGCGCUGCGGCGCUGCGCGGCGAAGCUCGAGCACGCGACGAUCCCACCGGCCGUGAAACAGCUCGACGGGAGCCUGAACCGGUUUCUCCAUGAUGUGUGCGGCGCCGACGCCGAGCUGCCGUCGGUGCGCUUCGCGCUCGAGACCGCCGUCAUCGGACUCGUGACGCGCUCGCCGUCCGCGUUGUACGCGUCGGCGCUGGGCCGCGGCGCGCGCGGAUCGGUAGAUAUCGCGGCCCUCGUCGACGGCGAGGACGACGCGCCCGCGUUUUUACCAAAUAGGGUCGUCAAGCUCAAGGCGGGCGUCCUCGCGCCGGAGCGGGACGCCGCGCGCGUCCGCGACGCCGUCAAGAAGCACUACAAGGUUCGCGUCGAUGCCAAUAGAAGGUGGUCCCGCGAGCAGUACGAGACGUUCCUCGCGCACUUGGGAGACGCGCCGCUCGACUUUGUGGAAGAGCCGCCCUUUUCUUCGAGUAAUAUACCGGCGGCGCUGGACGAGACGCUGGCCGAGGCGGACUGGUCGCCGGCCUUCGACGAUGCUGAGGUAUUGGUGGCGAAGCCGGCGUUGAUCGGUCUGGAACGGACGCUCGCGCUGGCGCGGCGCCACGGGCGCGUCGUCGCGUCGUCGUGCUUUGAGGCCGGCGCGGGGCUGGCGCACGUCGCCGCGCUAGGCGCCGCCCUGUCCGACGACGCGCAGGGCCUCGGGACCUACGCGUGGCUCGCCGAGGACCCGUUCGCUUUUGAAGAGUUGCUCGACGACGACGGCGCUGCUUUUGAUGUUGGGGCGGGCGAGGAGGCGUUGCGGGCGUUUGCGCAUAGGGUGUUUGAGCGACGGCACCAUGAUCACUAACGAAGUGUUGUUACUACAGUACUGGGAGGGGGAGUUCAUCAGAUCCAGCAGCGGUUGCCCAGCGACACCGCCGCGACGCUUGAG